UGACGAAAAAUGUUGCUCGCAGCAACAACAAAAGGCGGUUAAGUGCGAGAAAAUACGGAAAACACCUACCUAAAAUUGAAAACCAAACAAAAAAAUUUAAAACAAGAAAUUGGCCAAUUAAUAUUGGAGAGCAAAAAAAAAUAUCAACUACAUAAUGUAUUUGUGAAUUUCCUGGAAUUGGUGAAAAUUAUGUGAAAUUUCGUUCAAAGUGAAUUUUCAUUUUCAAAGAAAAUCUGUAAAUAAUACCUACUUUGAAGUUAAUGAAUUAAAAAAGUGAAUUUAAGCAACAAAAUUGCAUUAGUUUUUUUGAGUGAAAACAAAAGGAAAAACAGCAAUGAAUGACAAGAUAAUUUGUAUGUAAAGAAGAAAAGCUUAAGAAAACAUGAAAAAAUCCCAAAAACACACAACAAAUGAAAACAAGAGUUUUUGUGCCAAAGAUUACAACGAUGUGUAGGAGAUGUGUAGCCGCCAAAACGCCGAUGAAGCAGUAGUAAACAAACGAGUACAUUAACCAUACAACUAUAGUAAUUAACUUGGCUAAAAAGCGCCAACGCAAGCGGAGAAACAAAGUAAUAAAAUACAAAAAAAAAAAAAAUAAAUAAAUAAAUAAAAGAAAAUAAAAUAAAACAACAACACAAUAAGAAAAAAGAAAACAAAACAGCUCAACCAUAAUACAACAAAAAAAAAAUAAAUAACAACAACAUUUGUUCAAUUGCCCGCUGCAUGGCCAUAUACAUAACUACAUACAUCAGUAACAUUUAUGGCUAAAACAAUUGGCACCUUAAGCUACUUAGGUAACAAGGGGAACCGCCACUUUACAGUGAAUGAAAGCUAACAACACACUAUAGAAAACUUGUGCCGGAUUUUCUCGACAUCAACCCCCGCUCGCCCCCUCCCUCUUUUGCUAUUGCCUGUGCGUAUUGCCAUGGCCUUAGUUCAAUAGAGAGACGAGCGCCAGCGACUUCACGGAUCAAGCUUCCGUUUUCCAUUCCACUCCAUUGUUGUUAAGUUUUUCCAUCGCAGAGCCCAUUAUUGUCCGACAUGAACAGGUGCUAUAGCAGCAGCAACAAUAAUGAAACCAAAUCUCCAACAACGAAAAAUUUACUGCCAAUUGGCAAUUGUUUGCGAACACCGGCCGCUCUGAUAAGGCAGAAAUCAUUUCAUACCCUCAGUGAAUUGACCAAAUUUUGCCAAUUCAAAAAUGCACAGCAGCAACAACAACAGCAACAUGAUCAACGACAUCAUGCAACAAAAUAUGCCAGUGCAGUUGAUGAUAAUGUCCUACCCAGUAAUUUAAGUCCAAUAAAAAGUGCAACAUUGCGAUCAGAUCGCUCAUCAUCAUCCAGCAUAAAUUCACAUAAAUAUAAUGUACACAACAAUAACAUUAGUCACAGCACCGAUGAUGAAGAGGGAUUUGUGAUAUUACGCCGACGACCGGCAUCAUCGACAUCAUCACUAUCAUCGGUUGCAUCGGUAUCGACAACAACAACAGCAUCAAUUUGUCAAAACUCAACAAAGAACCAGCAGCAUUUAGCAAAUCAUUUAAAUAAAUUCAAUAAUAAUUUGGAUUAUACAAAUGCCGAGUGUGAAGAGCUCUUGGUGAAUGAGCCCCCGGCACAAUAUUCAUCAAACACCCCACAUUAUCAUUCACAAACCGAAUAUUCAUCAUUGCACCCACAGCAAUACACGGAGAAAUCAGGAGCACCAUCGUCGGCACCACCAUUUCGUUGGUCUGAACAGUUGCCGCCUCAGAAUGUCGUAUCGGUAGCCAAGAUACGUUCGGCUGUGUCUUGCACCAAUCAAGAUCUAAAAGAAAUGGAAUAUUUAUUGCCGCAACGACAACAACAACAUCAUCUUAAAUUACCAACAGCACUGCCUUCAUCAUCAUCAUCGACACUUUCGAUAUCAUCCUCUACGUCGUCCUUAUCAUCCACGAACAGUGGAAAAAUGCUGGCUGAAAUAUCGGCCUCGACAACGCCAGCAGGAAGCAACAGCAACACUCACAAUGGUGCUAGUAAUUUAAGUAUUUCACGUCACUCGCAAAACGGUCACAAAAAUCUACAAAAACUACAACAGCAUUCAUCAACACAUCACAAUCAUAUAAAUCAUCAUCAUCACCACCAUCAUCAUCAGCAGCAGCAGCAGCAGCAGAAACAGCAACAUCCUUCGCAGCUUCAUCAUCAACAUCCUCAAAAACAGCAAUCAAUGAAAAUCACUGCAUCAAAUGGAGGUGGUGGGGCAGGCGAAGUAGGCGGUGGUGGCAGCACUCCACCUUAUGUUGAUGAAAACAAUGCAGACAAUCACCAAAACCUGGCCAUCUAUCGAGUACCGGCCAACAGCCGUGCCCACAAUCCCAAUAAUAACAAGGGUGGCAAUACUCCGCAUCGUUCGAAAAUGUCGAAAAAACAAUUGAAAUUGGCCCAAGCCCAAUUGGACAAGUUGACACAGUGCAAUCUACAUUUACACGCUCUCUUUUCUGCGGUCGAACAUGGUCACUUGGAUAAAGCUCGUACAAUUUUGGAAUCUACGGAUGUUGAUGUCAACAGUAUUAACACCGAUGGUCUAUCACCGCUGGAUGUGGCAGUGUUGAGUAAUAAUCGUUCAAUGACAAAAAUGCUGUUACAACAUGGAGCCUUGGAGGGUUCACAGUUUUCUGUUGACAGCAUUGGCACCAAAUUAAAUGGCCUACUGAAAGAUGCCGAAAUACGGAUACACGAUUUAAGCGGCUUAGAGGGAACUUGCCAGCCCUCGUUUUCAUCACGUCCCUCUAUCUCAAGCAUCAUCAUCGGUAAUACUGGUUCCUCGGUCACUGGCUGUACCGGCAAUGAGGUCGAUAAGCAAAUUGGCAUUUGGGAAAGACGUGUCAAAGGUUUGCGUCGUUUGCUCCUGGGCUGGGAUCAGGCACGGCCACCAGAUGCCCCAGCAUCGGUUACAGUUGAUGUUACGGGUGAAAAUUCGAUACAAGUGCAAAUACUGGAACCAUUCGAUGGAGCGAUUGGUACUAAAUUUAAAGUGCAAUGGUCAACUCGUGCAGAUUUCAGCAAUGUCGUGGGUGAACGCGAACUCAUGGACUGGCGUAGCUUUCACGGUACCAUGGGUACACAGUGUCAGAUUACGGGAUUGACACAGGGUCGACGUUAUUUUAUACGCGCAGCCAGUGGCAAUGUCAAAGGAUGGGGACCAUACAAGUGUUCGGUGCCGGCCAGUGUUAUACCGUCAAGCUGGCGCGAUUUAAAUAAUCGCGAAGAUCGUUAUACGGGUCGCCAACGUAUGCUGGACAAUCUGUUUACGGCCGUACGUUUGGCCCGACCAUCCGAUGUCUCCGAACUGACUUUGGACACCAAUAGCGCUCAACGGAGAAAUCCCAAAAAGAAGACAACCAUAAAGCAGCUGUUCUCGGUGGCUUCCAAGUUUCAAAAACAUUUGAGGAGGGGUAUUUAUUUGGCCAGUAUUGUGUAUUGUGAGGAUAAAAUUUUGGUGACCAGUGAAGAUUUCCUACCGGUUAUCGAAAUCGAUGAAUCCUUCCCAAGCACCUUGAACAGUGAUUAUCAUUGGUUAAUGAAGGUCGCCUGCACUUGGGACGAUGUCAAAUCGUUACGCACCGACAUGGAACGUAAUCUUACCUCCGCCAAUCAUUUUCGUACAAAACUUCUCUCGGCCGUUUGUCAAAUGCAAUCGGCAUUGGGUUUCAAUGAUCUCGGUCAGUUGUAUUAUAAGCCCCUGAAGGAUGCCCAUGGUACGGUUGUGCUAACCGCCAUCCAAUCGGUGAAGAGUCAAAAACAAGUUUCCAUUCUAAAUUCUCGUUGGCUUCCGGUCAAUAAACUGCAAAAGAAAAUCGGAGCACUACAUGAGGAGUACAAUAUCAAUGAGAUUUUGAUAUCUUCAUUAGCCGAACAGGUCCAGUAUCAUCAGAUGGCCCAUCAACGUCUGAGUCCCGGUCUCUAUUUGGGCUAUUUGAAAAUGCAAUGUUCAAUGGAUCAGAUCCAAGUAGUGGUGCCGGCGAAAACUCCCAACGUUCUGCCGCAUUGUAAGGUACGCGAUAAUAGUCAUAUCUCAGCCGAGGAGUGGCAGGUAUUGAAACGUGGCAACGGUAGUGGCGCCCAAGAUGGCAAGUCAGAUGAUGGACGUCGUAGUACUAGUCCGCUGCGUUUAGCUUUGGAAUUCAAUACAAAUCCGGAAGCAACAACAGAAGUUCAAAGGUUGUUCCUCUACGAUCUGACCACAGCCACAAAUAAGCUAUUUUCCUACAUGAAUAUAAAACCUCAAGAUGCUGUUACCCAUAGGCUAUACGAUGUAGAAGUUAUCGAACAUAGCAGAGAUAUAAGUUUCCUCAUCAUUUGCCCCUCGGUGGAGCUAAGUUGUGCAGUGCCGGGCCAGUCGGAACUGUUACUGCAACGCGAAGAUUUGGCCUGUCUCAGUAUACAGGCCUUUGAGAUGAUCCAUUUGUCUACCUAUCAACCGGGUAUUAUACAAAAAUAUGCCAGACUUUCGUGUAUUUUAGAGCUGGACACCACCUUGGCCAAUCACUCGCAACGGGAGGCCUUCUCCACCAGCGAAUUGCAGACAGCCAAGGAACGUUUGGCCAAAUUACAGGAAUUGACAGCCAGUCUCAAUGCCGUCUGGAAGGCAGUGCGUUGGCUUAUGGAUGUCAUAGCAUUCGCCCGUGAUAAAAAUGCCCCACCCUCAGCAGCGAUGAGAGAGAUUUUGGAUUUCGCCCAGAACUCUGAGACAGAUUCCCAUUCCAACAAUGCCCAAUUACUGCAGCCACCCAUGAGAGGUGAUAUGAAGUUUAGUAAAUCUGGUUCGGGACGUGGCAGUUGGCCUGGCCCCGGGUCAGGUCAUAGCAGCUCCAAUUUGGGACCAGAACAUUCCAAAUCUGAACAAAAUUUGGGAUUAUCUGCAGCCACGACGCCAACUGCAACCACAUCUACAGGGAAUCAAAAAUCAACGACGACGACGAAUCAAAUGGGAAUCACAACAUCCUCCUGCGCCAUGACCACAACACCCACCACUACCACCAGCUUCUUGCAGGUCCAAAAUGAGGCCAUGUCCACAGAGGUGCCAUCGUUGCGUAAGAAUUCCGGGGAUUCGGUGACCUCCCACUGUACAACCCACAGCUACUAUUCGGCCAAUGAUUCUGUGCUGACGAGCAACAGUGAUUUUGGCCAAGUCUUUAGUGUACCACCCUCACGGUCGGAUGACACGCUCAGCGAAACAGCCAAACAAAAUCAAAAACACAUUCAGGGACUUCAACGUAAGCGAACAUCGUCGAACAUCACACCGACCUCAACGACACCGGUCACGCCCAUGAUAACGGUGCACUCUUCCAGUUCGGCACCGUAUCUGGUGAGUCAGGACCCAGCCACUCUGGGUUCCAGCCAAUCGCUGAAAGUCAACUACAACGGCGAAUAUGAGUGCAAACAAAUUAAGACAGCCGAAAAGGUUAAAUCCGCGUCCAGUGCUAAUCUACGUGAUAAUGGUCUGUACCUGAAAUCCACUCUCAGUGCCCUGCAAUCGGACACAAAGACAUCCACAUCCUCAAGUUUGGGUGAGAAUAUGCCCGCCUUGGCUAAGCCAUCGACUAGCCGUCAUAUACAACGUCUGAACAGCACCGAAGAGUAUACGGCCAGCAGUUGCCCCACCCUUGUGUCUGAAAAUCAAUCGGACAAUACUCCAUCGGGUAUCAUACAAGUGUACACAGCCUAUAACACCGGCCUGGCAUCGGGUACAAGUUUAAAGCUACACGUCACGGCGAAAACUUCGGCUCGAGAGGUAAUAAAUUUGGUGGUGAAACAAUUGAAUAUGGCGGCCGUUCUGAAGGGCAGCAAUGGUCCCAUCUACUCGAAUGAGGCAUUGGAUAACUUUUGUUUGGUUGCCGUUAUUGGGGCCCGCGAACGGUGUCUGCGCGAUGACUUUAAACCGUUGUUGCUGCAAAAUCCGUGGAAAAAGGGUAGACUAUAUGUGAGGCAAAAACAUGAACUGUUGGCCGCCAUUGAACAUUCGAAUCGUAAAUCGCAUUUGAUUUAAAGAGGUUAGAAUGGAAGUGGCAUGAUGCGGGGGGGCAUGGCAGUGUGGUGGCUAUGGCAAUGGUCUCUAAUGUUAGAGUGUGUUAUAUGUGGGGCAAGGGUUUGUUUUUCUGAUGGUUUAAUAGAUGGCAGUUUAGAUUUGGAAACAAAAGUUUUCGAAAUUAUAUUAUUUUGGCUUGUCAAGUUUAGAAACAUAAAUAUUUUUUGUGCUUACUGGUAAUGAAGAAGGUAUGUAAAUGUCAUUAUUUCGGACCUACUGGUGAAGUAUGCAGUCAUAGGUUGAGGUUAUUUAUUUUAUUAUUUUCUAUACCCUCAGUCAUAUGGGUAUGGGUACAGAGGGAACGACCAAGACGUGUCUCAUUGAAAACCCCAUUUCUUAUAUCCUAGGUCUCUUUGAACAAAAUUCGUUUCAAGUCAUUUGAACUCGAUCAUUUCGUCCAUCUGGCUGCACCAGCGAUAAUUCUCGAAGGGAGUCCAAACUUUCGAUUUUGUGCAAACGAUGCAAAUUCCAAUAUUUUUAUCAGAGCUAUGUCAGGUACGAUAAUGGAUAAUAUCGGAUCAAUCCCUCAAGUACCUCCCCCACGAAGGGUAAAAAUUUGGAAAUUGUGGUACCUCCCCCCACAACGGGUCAAAAUUUUUGAAUAACUGAAACUCUCAUAAAGUACAAAAUAUAUACCUCCGAUUCUCUUCAAAUUUCACACAUCACAAUAUUUUUACCAACACAAGAUUUGGUAUGAAGAACGGAUAGAACGUACCCCUGCUUCUGGUACUUCCCCCAUAACGGGUCAAAAUAUUCAAUUAUCAUGAAUCGCAUAAAAUGCAAAAUAUACUUCCGACUUUCUUCAACAUUUCACACAGCCCUAUAUUUCUAUCAAUGCAAGAUUUGAUGUGAAGGUAGGAUAUAUCGGUACACUCCUUCGCGUAUCUCCCCCAGACAGGGUCAAAAUUUUGAAUAACUAAAACAUCCAUAAAAUGCGAGAUAUGCAUCCCAUUCUCUUCGAAUUUUACUCGUCUCAAGAUUUUUAUUAACACAAGAUUUGGUGUGAAUAUGGGUUAAAUCGGCCCACUCCUUUUGUUACCUCCCCCCACAAAGUGUCAGAAUUUUGAAUAACCAUGAAACUCAUAAAGCGCGAUAUAUGCGCACGUUUCCCUUCAAAUUUCAAGCAUCCCAAUUUUUCUAUCAAUUUAAAUUUCGAUGUGAAGGUGGGAUAUAUCGGUCCACUCCAUCGAGUACAUACCCAAAAAGGGUCAACAUUUUGAAUAAUCCUGAAGGUCAUAAAAUGCGAAAUCAGCAUCUGAUUCCUUUCUAACUCGAUCCAAGCCAAUACUUUUAUUAAAACAGGAUUUAGUGUGAGGAUGGGAUAUAUCGGUCCAUUCCUUUUGGUACCUCCCCAACAAGGGGUCAAAAUUUGAAAUUAUUAUAACUCUUAUAAAAUGUGAAAUAUGUAUCCGAUUCUCUUCAACAUUCGCACAACCCAAUAUUUUUGCCAACACAAGAUCUGGUAUGAAAAACGGAUAGAACGGGCCACCACUUCAUGUACCUCAACCACAACGGUCCCAAAUUUUGAAUAACCAAUAAUUUCAUAAACGCGAUAUAAGCACCCAAUACCUUUCAAACCCGACAUAUCCCAAUACAGACAAUAUAAACACAGUGUGCGAUCUCAAAAGAUUUUGACUUCCGAUCCCUGCUUUGGGGAAUAGAGUUCCGUAAUAGACAUUUCUACUUUUUAAUAUAUUUUUAGGAACAUCCUGCCAUCAAGAAAUCUGAAAAAAAACAACAACCCUAAAACCACUACUGCUGCUCCACUAGGACCACCAACAGCCAAACAAAAUUACGUUCAGCAUACGAUUACCACAUUAAAAAAAAAGCUUUACAAAAAAAGUUCAACUUAUUUAUCAACAACAACAACAAGAAAAUUUAAACAAAACAAAAAAACGACCAUUUUUAAAUGCAACAAAAAUCUGAUAUUUCAAAGAUUUUCAAAUCUAGUUUUCAUUUUUAAGGUUAUGUUUGAUAAAAUUUAAAUAGAAAAACUAUGUGUUUUCUUAGAAGUUAAUGACCAAUUUCAGAAUUUAGACUGAGUUUAAAAAAGGAAUUUAUGUAUUACAAGAACAACAACUACAGCAAAAACGAAAACAACAAUUUUAAAGAGAAUGAGAAAAAUGCAAUUAAUUUAGAAGAAAAAAGAAAUUAUACGUUUUAGCAAAUAAAAAUCUAAUUAAAAAAAAACAAAUUAAAAAAAUAAAUAUAUACAAUUUAAAAAAAAUAUUAAUACGUAACUCAAAAGUGUUAUCUUUAAAGUAAUAAUACAAAAUAUUAGCACAAUAUAUUGACAAAUGGGCUGGAAAAUUGUGGGCUUGGUAAAUGAAGGCAAACACGUUUUCUGAAAUUUCACAAUUUUGUUAAAAUGAAAAUAAAUUUUCUCAAAUAUUGAUACUUCUCAAGAAAUGUGGUGGGGAAUAGAAACCCCUCCUACCAUUUUUCAAUUAUGCCCAUACCCUUUCAACACAUUUGUUUUUAUAUUGUUUAUACAUAUAUUACUAGAAUAGUAAGUAAUAUAUACAUACAAUAUGUUUUUUUUCUAAGUGUGUAAAAAAUAUAAGAAGAACAAAAUCAAUAAAUUAAAUAAAAAUCGAAAUAGACAUAAUAAAUUAAGAUUUUAGCACUUUAUAUUUUGUCCACUAGUUGUUGUAGUAUUAAACAUACAAAAAAAAAAAACAAUAAAAUAUAUUUGUAUUAAUUUAAAAGUGAUUAUAAUAACAAAAAAUAAAUAUAUUUUUAAAUGUAUUGUUAGAUGUGUAUGUAUUUCAAACAAAAAACAAAAAGACGAGAUUUUUACCCAAAAACAAAUUAUAUUUUCUUUAAGAAAACUAAAAAAUACCCAACUUCCUAUGCUUUCAUUAA